AUGUCAGACAGUGCGGCGGCGGGGGCCGGCGGCCCCCCAAAGAACGCAAAGCCAAAGGCGAAGAAGAAAGUGAAGCAGAGCAACCGAGAACAACAGGCGGAGGAGACCAGGAGACACGCAAAGUCCGAGGAGGGUGAGGCGCGCGAAGCGGAGGAAAUGGAGAGAUCUCUGAAAACCGAGCGCGGGAAAAUAGUGAGACCUAUCACUUCCAGGCAGAAACGCGCGCCCGCCGAGACGAAGGAACACUGUGCUGACCUCAAGGCCACGCGCAGCGCCGGAAAGAAAGAGACCUCGAAGAAGAGCAAAGGCGAAGAGAAGGACAACGCAGGACACGCCCUCAGAGGGUGGCGCCCACGCGCACUGCAGAGUUGGCGCUCUCGUCUUCUGGUUCAGUUGGCAAAGAGAGAGGAAAAGCGCGCCCGCAGCUGGGACAUGCAAGAGAAACCUUUCUCUGGCGGCGACGCGCUUCCAACCGGCAGGGCCUCCUUAUCAUCACCGUCGCCCGCAUCCGGCUCGCACCAGGGCGAGCCGGAUGCGGUCGUGCCGUCUUCUUCGCCUUCAGCCGAUUCCCUCGACGACAGAGCGAGUGGCGCCCGGCUUGCCUCCUCUCGCGGGUCGCACACCUCUUGCCCUGCUCCUCUGUCGGUUUUGGCCAGGUCCUGCCCCCUUAGCCAGCUCGCCUCUUCCGCCUCCGCCGCACCCGCGAGCCCCUCUUCUUCUCCUCUUUUCUCGUCGUCGUCAAGAGAUCCUGCCGCUCCUCAUCCGUUCGCGUCGUUCGCCUACACCAGCGAGGCGACCGGGGCCUGGCGGCGCCCCCCUGCCUCCGCUUGCGGCCUUGGGGCGGCGCCUCGAAGGCGUCAGGAGUCUCCGUCAAUCGCGGAUGGCGGCGCCCUCGCCACGUGGACUCCCGGCGGUGAGAGGAAACGCGGCGUGUGCGAGAGUGAAGGGAGUGUUUCCUGCUCCCCUGGGUCUAGUGCGCACAGCGCGAAACGCGCGCGGACAACUCCGUUUCGGUCGUCGCUCUCCCCCGCCUUCUCGAUACCCGUUCAGGCAGCCACAGCUGUCGCCGCCCUCCGCGGGAGUGCUCGCGCGCACCCGCAGGCAGGCGAGACGGCACGACCGGCUCCUCCCGCUUCGCAGAGUCCUUCUGUCUUCUCGUUCUCUCAGGCGGAAGCCCCUGUCUCGGGGUCUGCCCCUGGAGGCCUGGCAUCCCGAUCGUCCCCUGCGUCGCUCUCGGCGUCGUGCUGCGUGAAUUUUGAAACUUCUUCCCUACUAACGCCCCAGUAUUCGCUUGCGCCUGUGACCGCUUCAUCAUCGCCCGCAUGUAGCGGCCUCUCCUCUGUGGUGUCUCCCAUGAACGCGGAUGAACACGAACGGCGUGGACGCACGGAAGACCUGCUUCAGGCAACCCGGGCUCCUGCGUAUGAUGGCGCGCGCACCCCUGCUGCGACUUCUCCUCCGCCGAAGAGAAACGAAAUUCUUGAAUUAUGGGAAGAAAUCGAUCGGCGACGCACCAUGAGUCCCGCCGACGUCGCGGCCGUCUUCGCAUGCCCCCUCUGUGAGACGCAGGGUAUGCGAUUCCUUACUUCCCGAUACGGCGCCUUUCUGGGCUGCGCGCGGUUCCCCGCUUGUCGCGGGAAGCGCUCGGGGCGGGAAGUGGAGCUCUGGCGAGCCGGUGGAGGCGCGCCUGGGCAGAAGAAGAAGACAGAAAAGUUGGCGCUGAUGUGCGAGGUGGAGGGGCCGCGCGCGUUUCGCGUGCAUGCCCAAGGCGAUCCCGAAGUUGGCGAGCUCCUUCGCCUGGCGCUGCCCGCUGUCAUCCGCGGCGCCGCGCGGGCCUUCUGGGAGGCGACGCAAGCCGAUGCCUGCACGCCCUACGCAGAGAACUCCGUUCCUGACGUACUGAGGCCGCUCUCCUGGCUGCCUCGCGCGGAUCGGCUGAAGAGUCGCCGCGAGCCGUGGUCUGAGUUCUUGCCUGCCGUCUGCCGCGCAGGCGAAGCCUCUGUCACGGGAGACCGUAAGCUGCCGACUCGCACGUGCGAUGCACAGGCUGCCUGCGACUCCGCCCCCGCUCGCUGCUACGCCGCUGCCGCGCGUGCUGCUUCCCCUUGCGUUGAUGAGGCGCUCCUGAGCACGCGGCUGGCGGAGUUGUCGGGGGGGGUCGAGUGGCAGGACGACGACGGAGCGGCGGACGAGACGCCGCAGCGCAUGCAGCCCGCCUGGGACUGGACUGCAGGCUGGAUCGAGCCUCCAGCGCGUCACCUCCAAGAAAGCGCAGCCGAGCUCGGGAGAGCUGAGGAGAGAACGGGAGAAGGAGGACGAGGGGCUGUGGGGGACGAGGACAGCGGCGCUUGCAAAGGACGCGCGGAGAAGACCGAAGACCGACAUCAAGAACGCGGCGAACGGGGGCAGAGCGAAAGCACCGCUCCUCCGUUGGAGGAGGAGAGGCGAGCGACGAGCAAAAAAGGAACCAAGAAGCAAGGAAGGUCUAGGUGUGAAGGCGGCGGCGCGGCCGCCGCUCGCGCGGGCGGCCAUGCUCGGGACGGCGCGGGAGAGGGAGGGCGGGGCCGUUCGGAGCUUGGGACUGGAGAGGCAAGCGGAAGUGACAGCAAUUUGCAUCGCGCAGGAAAGCCAGGAAUCUCUGGCGGCGAAGCUGCGCAAGGCAGGGAAGUCGACGAAGCGAACGCGGCAGGAGAGACGUCGAGGUUCGCGCGGGACGAAAUCUGUGCCCUGCCUUACUACGACGGGUGCGUCUUUCGAUUAGAGGCCUACGAGUGGGUCAUCGCGAGCCUCGUGGAACAAACUGGCGAGUGGUGUCAAGUCGCCCCGAUCCCGGGCCUCUCGCUCAGAUUCUUCAGAGACUACUACGACCCCGCGGGGCGACGCGAGAACUCGUUCUUCCUCGGCAACCGCCAAACCGCGCUUGCGAUUGCGAAUCGGCGCCUGCCUCCGCUCCUCCGGCGCUCGCUCUUCCCGUUUCAACUCGACGGCGUCCUCUUCACUUUGCAGCGCGGCGGCCGCGCGCUCAUCGGCGACCAGAUGGGUCUCGGCAAGACGCUGCAGGCACUCGCACUCCUCAGCAUUUACAGGACUUUUCCUGUCCUAAUCGUCGUGCCGGCCUCCCUCCGGCUGGUGUGGGCGGACGCGAUUGAGCGUUGGCUGCCGGAGCUCAGCUGCCCGCCCUCCUCUCUGCUGGUCAUCUUCGGCAGCGACGAUCGGCCUGCGCUUCCUCCCCAUCUGCCCUCUCCUUCACCGUUUGCUCUAUCUUCUCCGGCCUCUUCAUCAUCCGCUCUCUCUCCGUGUGCCUCGUCUCUCUCUCUAUCGGAUGCGUCAUCGUCAUCGCCGUGCGCGCCUGGGUUUUCCUCUCCGUCGCGCGUUUCCAGUCCCGUGUCUGCUGCUUCACCCGCUUCGCCGCCCUCUCCGCGGAUCGUCCUCACGUCCUACGAGAUGUCGCGGCGCCUCGCCGACUUUCUCACGCAGAUGCGCUUCCAGCUGGUGAUUGUGGACGAAAGCCACAAGCUGCGGACGCCCGCCAGCGCCGGCGCGGUCGCGGGGGCGGAGGCCGACAUGACUCGGCGCGUGCUGCAGUUGAUCAAAGCCGCGCCCUACGCUGUGCUGCUCUCCGGCACCCCGAGCGUGAAGCAUCCCUUUGACCUCUUCAGCCAGAUCGACGCCCUCCGACCCCCCAUGGAGCCCAGCGCGUGGCGCGCCCACCAGGCCCGCGUCCGCGCCGACUGGCAGCGCUUUGCGCAGGAGGCCGCGGCCGCACCGGGAGCGCCCGAAGGGAACGCUGGGCCCGCGGGCCUCGGGGCGCGACCGCCAGAGGUGGAGCCCAAAGCAGGUGCGCAGACGGAGACGCCCCGUAGCUCGAAGAAAGCGGGUUCGGAGGGCGGCGCGACGGCGGUAGAGCCAGGCGGAGACCUUGAGCGGGGAGAUGCGCUGCGACGCGAUGCGUCUGGACAGAAGAAAGAAGGACUGGACGCGCGUGGCGGCAUCGUGAAAGCAGAGAACAGAGCGGCUGAGGACGGGAGUCGCAUGGAGGCGGUGAAGCCGGCGCAGGAGAGGCCAAAGGCGGCGUGUUGGGGCGGAGGAGCGCCCUUCCGUCGGUAUGCCCAUGAAGGCAAUAUUAUUAGAGCUGACAAAAUCCAGUUUGGAGAGGAGUACUGUACCUCCGUGCUCACCUACGGCAGUCGCAAGCGCUAUGGGAUUUCGGCGCGCAGCUGGGAGCUGCAUCUGCUUCUCAAGUCAGCCGCACUCAUUCGCCGCAGGCAAGGCGCUCGCAGCCGCCACUCGGGGCUCUCCUUCCAAGUCACAAACACCCGGCAAGCAGGCUCCGCGGCUGCGUCUGGAGCCCCGUGCGAAGCCUCGAGAGACUCGAGAGGGCUGGAGCCUCGCCCUGCGUCGCCGUUUUCUGCAUCAGGCGAGGCGGAGGCCGAGCCAGGAGGCGAAGGCGGCAAAGACCGCAAAGGCGAGACGCUGAGCUCGAUCGCGCACCGGCGGCUGGGAGACAGGGGAGGCUUGACUGGAGAUCAUCGAGAAGCAGACGGCCCUUUCGAGAGAGAUGCGGAGAGUCACAGCUGCAUGAGCGAGCGAGCGGGGUUGGAGGCGGCGGCCGCGAGCCAAGGCGAAGACAGUGAAAAUCGUGCGGAAGAGCUGGCGGCGGAAGGCAGCAGCAGAGGUCAGGAUUUUGAGGGCGACGAAGGCCACUCUGGAAACGAUGAGGACGCAUGCCGCCACGCUGUCCCGCCUCCGUGCGUUCGCAUCCUGCAGUCUCUUCAGCUGGCGAAGGACAAUCCCGCGGUGCAUGCCAUCGCCACAGCCACAGUCCUGCGCCGGCCGCUUUUUGCGGCACUUUUCGAGGAUGUGCAGGCUGUCUGUGAGACUCGGCGGCAGCUCGCCAAGUUGCGCAUCGCGCAGGAGACUGAGCGCCAACUGCGUCUCCCCAGCAAAAAGGUGAGAGGGCGGAAAGCGGGUAAGACCUCACAGAGCGCCGCGGCAGUCAGCGCUGACGGGCGCCAGGGCGGGGGCAGGCAGGACCACGCCGAGGGAGCGAGGCCUGCCAAGGGACAGGCGGAACGAGGCGAAGCUGCCGGCGUUGAAGGCGAGCCGCGAGGGGCGGACGGGAAGAGGAAACAGAAGAAAGGGAAAUGUCAUGGUGAAAAGGACCGGAAUGGAUCGAAGCCGACCGGCGAACAGGAAUGCGAAGGCGAAGGAGAGGGCGGCCUGGUGAUGGGCUCGCGCGUAGAGAAGGCCCCACAGGCACAGGUGCACGCGGCGUGUGGCGAUGGGGGAGAAGGUGUGAACGGGCGAACGAGGAGACAUGGAAGUAGUGCAGAUGCGGUCGACGCAAGAGGAAAGACGAGGCAGACGAAACAGCAACGCGGCGGCACUCCUGGCAGUACAGGAAAGGCAGAGGCGAGGCAGUCUCCCUGUCCGGCGGAGACGGCCGGCGCCGCGUUGGCGGAGGAGGCGUCGGGAGACGCGACGGAAGAUGAACCUGGUGUUGAAUGGGCAGCGAAGCCUACAGGAGAGCCCAGCCCCAUGCCGGGCGCACAGUCAAAGCGUGUCAAGUUGCCCGCAAGCGCCCGGCGACAGACUGCGAGUACAGGGGCGUCUGGGGCUUGUGAGCCUCCAACUGAACCUCCAGACGGAGGCGAGAGCGAGACGUUUGACCAGAAACCGUGGGACGACGAACUGGAGGCGUGUGGAGGCGAGGGUCCGGCAGAGGUGGCGAAGUACCGCAGCGCGGUUGACAAGCUCGCGAGCGUCCUUUCAGACAGCAUCGACCGCUGGACGGUGAAAACGGAGGCGGAACGAGUGGGACUCUCCAAAGUCGAGAGCGCGCUGGAGUGGAUUUACGAGAAAUUCCUGAGAGACGAAGACCUGGACAACGAGGACGACGGGGUCGACGACGAAGGUGACGAUCACUCAAAACUCGUCAUUUUCGCGCACCACCGGCGCGUCUUGGACUCGCUUGAAGAGGGCCUGCGCGCCUACCAGCAGCGCACACGGGCGCGGCGAGCCGCCCGCGCCGCCAGCGCAAAGACGCCACGACGGCCCGAGCGGCAGAGGUCGCAGUGGAACGGAGUCUGUGAACACGCAGCUCAGGCCACCGACGGCAACCACAGCUCACACAACGACGAGGGCGACAGGCAGGUGGCUGCAGGCGGCGUUGAGACCAGCGCGUCUUUCGAGCUGAUUCGCAUCGACGGCAGCGUGACGGAGGAAGACAAACUGAAACGGCGAGAGAAAUUCCGCAGCUCCCCGCGCUGCAGAGUCGCGCUUCUCUCCGUCACCGCGUCUAGCCAUGGAGUGGAUCUCUCAAAUGCCAACGUGUGUGUGUUCGUCGAGCUGCUCCCUGAGCAACACGAGCUUCUCCAGGCGGAGGGCCGCCUCCACCGCCGGGGCCAGCGACGGCAAGUAACGACGUUUUUUCUGCUGAAUAAGUUCCUAGGCGACUGCGACGCAGCAGAUGAAGAGGAGGAGGGCGCUCUCCUCCCCAGCGAAAGACCUGCCGGCGAACCCGAGAGCAGCGCGCGCGAACGGGCCCCUGACGGAGGCUCCUACCCUCUAGAGGAAGGGAGAGAAGCGGAGACCGAGGACGCGAAACAAGACGCUGCGGCCGACGGAUUCGCAGGCGCGGAGGCACAUCCUGAGCACCAGCGCGAGAGGGGGAAGAAGACCCCGGGGGUGCUUGGGGCGGUGGUCCGGAGACCGGGGAGGCCAGGGUCCUCUCCCGGUCCUGCGGCUGGGUUGUCGUUUCGUGGGGCCUCUGUCGUCUCCUCUGCGCCCUGCUGUGCGUCUCGCGCGUCGUUCCCCCAGUCUGUGGCCUCUCCGCCUGCUGCACCGCAGACGCGCGUGCUGCUCCGACAGUUUCGGCGAGAGGUACAACGUGAGAAGCGGCGUUUGCUCGCGGAGUGCGAGCGCGUCGACCUCUCGGCGUGGCAGCGCUACUCGACUUGCGCCGCUGCAAUUCACCACGUCGUAGACGGCCCGACCCGCGCGGCAGAAGGAGACGCGUUCCCCCUCAAAAUUCACGCAGAGGCCUCGUGGGCCGCGGGGGGCGAGACCCCGCCCGUGGAGCCCAACAACAGGUGCACACCCCUCGCCGAGGCUCUGCGGCGAGACGCUGCCGUAGGGGCCCCAGAAGCGGUCUCAGAGGCGGAAACCCGCAGCGGCGGAAAGCGACUGGAGGGAGGCGCCGGAGGGUUUCAGGAACGCAACGCGGGCGCACGCGAGGAGACAAAAGCGAGGCGAUGCUCCAAGUCGACAGAAGCAGCUGGGACGAGAGAACGCGGAAUGGCAGCUGGAGGCGAAAAGUCGUCGAAUGGUGGCUCUAGUCAGGAUGCCGACGCUGGGGACGCGCCAGCGGAUAAAGCGUGUGCCGGUCUCGAUGUGGCACCGGCUGCACAGCCGCACGCACCAGCCAAGGGCCUGACCGGGACACAGGACUUUCUGAGUCUGCAGGCGGAAGAAGAAGACAAAGCGUGGGGACUCGCGGCUCUGGCUCCCUCCGACCUGCGGUUCAUUGUCUCCCCAUACACUAAGCGCGUGCAUCUGCUUCGCGUCUUGAGGCGCGUUGCAGGCAACCCCGUCGCGGAUUGCCUCGCAGACUGCGCGCAUGUCGCGGGGCACCGUCGGCCGGGUCGCCUGCCGUCUCCCGCGUGUUCUCGCUCGACGGUAUGUUCCUCUUCUACUUCAAGCUCUUCGUCUGCCCCCGUGGACGAGUCCGCGGCCCCCAGUCAUGCGCGCGGUGCUUGCGAGCGGCCGUCGAACGGAGCUUCGGCCUCUGCGUUGGCCCCGCCCACGUCGGUCAGCGUCUGCUCAGUGACGAACGGCACGUUGGACAUGUCGCCUCAGCCGGCCGGGGCUCCAGGACCAGGGGACUGGGCCGCGGCGUGGGGGACAGAGGGCCUUUCGCCUGACGCCGAAGGUCCUCUCGCCGUCGAGCCUCUAGGCCUCUGUUUUCCAGCGGAGGUGCUGCAAACGUUGCAGGGGUUUGUCGCGGGCGCUGCAGAACGCCAAGGUGACUUGUGUCACCCUGCCUCAUGGGGCAUCGUGCCUGCGUGUCCGCUCUCGUCGGUAGCGUCUUCACCUUCUCCGUGCGAUUGCUCGGAGCACGGGCCUACCACCGGGUGGAAGAGGCCUUGUGAACCGCGGCGGUGGCGCGCAGAGCAUGUUUUGCGGCACUACGCUGCAAAGUUUUACGCAGAGUAUCUCGGGUUGACCUCCUAUCAGCGCCGCCAGGUGCGGCGGGUCUACGCGCCCCUGGGCGUCCGUGCGUGGCUCAGUUCUGCGGCGCGGCCCGCGGGCGCCUCGCACUCAACUUCCGCGGCUGCGGGCUGGCUGGGCGGCGUCUGUCCGACGCAGGCGUCUCGGAGUUCGUCGCCGUUUCCUCUCUCGGCGGAUCCCCUGACUGGUUUGCCUAAUUCCGGCGAUGGACUAGCGGCGUUUCUGCCAGAUGGUUUGCCAUGCUCAGGCGACAAGCCUACAGGCGCCGGCCGCGCCGAGGAGACUGGGGCGUUGCUUCGCCGGCCCCCUCGCUUUUUCCGCGACCUUCCGCAGGGCUUCUUUCCCGGCGCAGUGCUCUCAGGUCUCCGCGCAGGAGGCGCGCGGGGCAACUCACAGGGACUGUGGGAUGAUGCAAUUUGGGGGGCGUGUGCAGGGGAGGCAGCGGCACUUCCUGCCGCACCUCUAGUCGCCUCAAGAUACUACGCUGCGCAGCGCGGUGCGGUGGCGGAAGGGGACGCGCCCCGCGGGCCCGAGGCUGCGUUCCGCGGAGCCUCGUCCCAGACCCGCAGACCCCCGGGGGCCCCUGGGCCGUGGAGGACAGGCAGCGCAGGAGACUGCGGAGAACGAGAUAAAGCGGCAUCAGGCGAACGCGCGGAUCCGUUUGACGGCGUCUGCGCACCUGAGCCAGACCGUGCGCCGCUCUCCGCGCCCGCCGCUGCAGUUGACGGGGGCGGCACUGGGUCGCGUUACUUCGCCGCGGAAAAAUCUGAGGGUGGCAGGGGAUCACGUCUGCGUGAUGCUACCUCGACGCAAGGCAGCCAAGACACGCUCGAGGGUGGAGGUGCAGAGGGGAGACAGGGCGGCCGAGCGAAGCGCGUUCGCGGACGACAGGCGAAGACGGGCGAGCGGAGCGAGAGUGGCGCCCGGGGGCCUACGACUCAAACCAAGAGACAGCGCAGCACGGAGAGCCGGAGCGCAGUUCCCGCCCCCCGCUGGGACGAAGAUGAAGAGGACGAAGACGUGUACGAGGACGAAGCAAGCGCGCAAUCACACGGAAGGGUGCCUGGCUUGACCGCCUCACAAGAUCCUGCGAGAGGACCACCUACUUUUCUUGCUGCGUGGCGCCGAGACUCAAGCGCGGCUUCCGCGUUGACUACUCGCGGGGGCGAACGAGCGCCCACAGGCACAGGGGCAGGGCCGUCGCUAGCGGGGACAGAAAGCGUGCACGAAGGAGAGGCCAAGGCGGCAGAGGAGGCGGCUACCCAGACGACGCCAAUGAAGCGAGAACGUAUGAGUGGAGGGUCGGACGCCGCCUGUUCCCCGUCGUGUUCUGAUGACGCGUCUUCCUCAGCUCCUGAAUUGACAGAGGGAGCCAGUCAACGCGCGCGCUCAGAGCCUGUCUCUCCUGAAUGUCUUUCAGAAGAGGGCGUGGAGGCGCGGCUUCGCUCGGGUUCGUCCCCCGCGUCCCCUACUCUGCCCAGCUCUCUCGCCGGAGUUGAGCGGGCCUCUGCCGACUCGACUGGAGGCGAAGGAAUCGCCGCGAGUCCAAAGGCCCCGGAAGGCGCCGAAGAGGCAGGAGAGGACAGCACUGCCUGCAAAGUCGGCUUCGUGCGGGCUCGGGUUACCUACAGUCGCCUGGGCUCCUCCCCUGUCACGUACUACCAGCCCGUUCUUCUCCCCCGUCCGGCGCCUCCCUCGUCCCCGUCGCCGCCAGCUGGGCAGCCGCGCAUCGGCCGGUCGGAAGAAGCCGGCGCGGAGACAUGCGCGAGCGAGGAGCCAGGGGAUGCUGGACGAAGCGCGGCCGUGUACCGCUCUUCGCGUCCCCGCCUCCUCUGCCUGAUGUGUUCCCAACCUCUGGUGGCAGUCAGCACGACGCGCAAGUGGACGAGGCGGAAGACGGCAGCCGACCGUGGAGGCGCAGCAGCGGCGUCGCCCGAAGCUCCCUUCAGUGAGCCGUCUACACGCACUGCUCGCGCGGGUCGCAUCACCUGUAAGGGCCGCCAGAGGAAGCGCGCGACGUCGGCAGGGGUCACGCCGUCUGAAUCGGAUGCUGACGGGGCGAACGCAGCGGACGCAGACUCGGAGGGGGAGACGCAGAGAGGUGGGGAUGCGGAGGGGGCGACCGAGACCAAGCCGCGUGUCGUCGCGAAACAGCAGAAAGAAGGUACCUGUGAGGAGGUAGUAGGAGACGACGAUAUCUGUUUUUCGCAAGGCGCGCGACAUCAGCAGAAGCUAGGGGCGCGUCGGCGUAAGACCGACAGUGGGGAACGCGACGGGGAUCGCCAGCUGACACACGAAACAAGGCAAACCGAAGAAGACGAAGGCGAGUGGGAGGCAUACAUCAGUCAGGAGUGGGAAGUUCGGUGCAGCGACAAUGACUUGUUCUGCAGUGGGAGCUGCAGAGCUGCGUUCUUCGCGCGCAAAAACGGUGACAGUUUGCGACGACAGGUUUUUCGAUCCGAUCGUGGUAUAUGUAGCAGCUGCGGCGUGGACUGUGUAGCGUUGCUUUUGCGCGUGAGGAGCUUGCGAGAUGAAGGACGAGACGCGGCGGAAAUCGGGGCUUUCAUUUGCUCGUACGCACCUGCAUUCAGGGCCUUUCCAACUCUGCGUGCGCUGCUUAUACGCGAACCGAUCGAUGGCAAUGUCUGGCAUGCGGACCAUAUAGUUCCUGUGCACCGCGGCGGGGGGCUCUGUGGACUCACAAAUGUGCAAACUCUCUGCCGGGCGUGCCACCAAGUCAAAACUAACCAGGAGGCCGCGAUGCGAGCUCAUCGAGUCUGGAUGAGCCGUUUCGCAGGCGGCGCCGUGACUGGUGGUACCGUGCACCGAGAUGAGCCUACUGAUGCUCUGUGA